AUGCAAACUCAAAAAUCAAGGCCUGGUUCUUUGGAGUUGCCACAUAAGAAAUCUCCUUUACCAGGUCCAAAAAUUGUUCGGAGACUCAAGCCAAGCGGAACAGAAUCUGAUCCAAAAACCAAGUCAAUACCAAAAACUCAAAUCCCAAAAGUAGUAGCUGAUCGUCGCUCUCCAAGAAUCCCUCUCAAUGAGAUUCAGAAGAAACGGACAGGAAGGACACCAGAACAAGAAUCUCAGAUAUCUCAGUUGCAAGAAGAGCUUAAGAAGGCAAAGGAAGAGCUAAACAGAUCAGAGGCAUUGAAGAGGGAAGCUCAAGAAGAAGCUGAGGACGCCAAGCAGCAGUUAACGGAGAUCAAUGCCUCAGAAGAUUCAAGAAUCGAGGAGCUGCGUAAACUCUCUCAGGAGCGAGACAAGACAUGGCAAUCCGAGCUUGAAGCUAUGCAGAGACAACACGGAAUGGAUUCAUCUGCUCUGUCUUCUGCUAUUAACGAAGUUCAGAAGCUGAAGUCGAAGCUGUUUGAGUCCGAGUCAGAGUUGGAGCGGUCUAAAUUUGAGGCAAGAUCUUUGGAGAAACUUGUUAGACAGCUCGAGGAAGAAAGAAACUCUUCAUCAUCAUCAGUGGAAGUGGAAAAUCUGAAAGAAGCAAUGAAUCUUGCGAGGCAAGAGAUCAUGCAACUGAAAUCUGCGCUUCAAGUAGCAGAGUCAAGGUACCAAGAAGAGUAUAUACAAAGCACACUGCAGAUAAGAAACGCUUACGAACAAACCGAGGCGGUUAAAUCAAGAUAUUUACAGAGAGAGGCAGAGUUAGAUCAAGAACUGAAGAGAACCAAAGCUGAAACAGAGGUUUUGCGCAAAGAUUUAAUGGACAAGAAUGAAUUUACGGGUGAUGUGAAGAAGCUUGAAUCGGAAUUAGUGGAAGUGAGAGGGAGUUUGAUGGACAAGGAGAUGGAGCUUCAGAGACUGAAGAGUGAAUUGGAGAAGAAAGUGGAAACCGUAAACACGGAGGCCAUGGAAGCCAUGGAAGCUGAGCUUAAGAGAGUGAAGGUUCAGUGUGAGCAAUGGAGAAAGGCUGCUGAGACGGCAGCUUCUAUACUGAACAAUGACGAAGUGAGAACUGAUUCUGUUGAGAAUGGCAAAAUGUUGAAGAAGUUUGGUGUGUUACUCAAGAAAAACAAACUAUAA